AUGUCUGCCCCCGGAGAGGAAGACACGUUUGCUGAGGACCAAGCCGUCGCGGAGGAGAUGGAGGACACGGUGAGCGACGACGACGAGGGGGUAGAGAUGGAGGACGGCGACGUGGACGAAGAGGCCGACGACAAAAAGGUGUAUGUGCCAGGGAUGGAGCCGCUGGCGCCCGGGCAAGAUCUGGAGAUGGACCGCUCAGCUUACCGCAUGUACCACGAGUGUCAGACAGGAGCUCCAUGUCUGAGUUUUGACGUGCUGCGUGAUGAUGGAGGAGAUGGGAGGGAGCAGUAUCCUCUGUCCAUGCUUCUCUGUGCGGGGACACAGGCGGACACAGCCAUUGCCAACAGUUUAUCGGCCAUCGCACUCGUUAUCUCGCUGUUGGUGAUUCUUUGCUUCCUCAUCCACUACUGCUGCUGUCACCGUGGCGACCGGAGCGAGGGAUCGGAGGAGGAAGAGGAUGAUGAAGAUGGCAGCACGGGUCACGGUUACAGCGGGAAGAAGGGUCGAGGCAUCUGCUGCGUCACUUGGAUGGCGGUCGCGUCUGUCACAUUGUGCUGCGUUGCUAUAGGCGUCGGUUUCUAUGGCAACAGCGAGGCUAAUGAUGGGAUGUAUCAGUUGACCUCGUCUCUUCUCACAGCCAAUUACACGCUCGCUUCUAUCGAUCUGCUGAUUUCGGACACAAUUAGUGGGCUGCAAUCGUCCGUCACCGGCCCCUUGUCCUCAAUGGAGGAACUUUUCACAGGAAGUAAACCCUUCCUCGUGUCCACGAGAAACUGCAGGAGGUUGUCUGAAAACGUGAUUAACAUGCUGUCGUCCAUCUCUUUGGCCCGAGGCAGUUUGGACAUGGGCCUGGGCAAUGACAGCAGCACUGCAGGGGCCUCCAUCAUCCCCCUGACCCCUGUUCCACCCUCUGUGGCCCCCACUGUGGUGCCCUCAGGCAACCUCAUGCCGAGCCCCUUCAGCCCGGGCUGGGCCGCCAACACACUCAUGGUCAAUGAGGACUACAGGUGGCUCUCAUAUGUACUACUGCUGCUGUUGGACCUGAUUGUGUGUUUAUUCAUCCUGCUGGGACUGGCCAAACAGGCCCGCUGGCUUCUUAUUUUGAUGACGGUGCUGGCGUGGUUGGCCCUUUUUCUCAGCUGGGGCUCGUUGGGCUUGGAGACUGCCACUGUAGUGGCCCUCAGUGACUUCUGCUCGGACCCAAACUCAUUUGUGCUGAACUCCACCCAGUUCACCAGUGGGACUAGUGCAGGUAAAGCAGAUGUGCUGGAUUAUUAUCUGACCUGCAACCGCCGCAUGAACAGCCCAUAUCAGCAGUUGCUGACCCAGUCUCAGAGGGCGCUGUCCAACAUUCACACACAUUUGUCCAGUCUAGACAGAAACGCUCUGCCACAGUUCCCCAAAGCCGAGAAAUCACUCAGGGAGGUCCAGCAGAUCCUGAACUCCACAGAGGGAAACUUCCAUCAGCUCGUGGCACUGCUAAACUGUCGAGGCCUGAACAAAGACUACAUUGACUCGUUGAAAGGCCUCUGCUAUGACGGCAUGGAGGGGCUGCUGUACCUGUCGCUCUACUCUUUCCUCUCGGCUUUGGCCUUCACUGCUAUCCUCUGUUCUCUGCCCGGAGCAUGGAGGAGCUUCCCAAGUGAAUCUGAAGACUAUGAAGACUCGGACAGUGAGAGUGAGGACCCCUUCACCUCACAUCAGGCACGUAGACAGACGUCCUCGGGGUCUCAACGAGGGGCCACUGCCCCCUUCUAUAAUUACCCAGGGUCCGGGUGGACACCCCCUUUUUCUAGUGCCCCGCCGCUCCCGACUCAAAACGUUUCCUCCAAUGGCAACCCUGGUUAUGAGAGCCUUCCCCUGACUGACAGGCAGUCCCCACCCCCCUCUUACUCUCCCAGCAUGCUGACUGGAUAUGGGGGAGGUCAAUCACACCCCAACCCUGCCCAUUCAAGGAACUUGUAUUCACGUUGA